AUGGAGAAGAAGGCUGUUCACUUUGGCGGUGGCAACAUCGGCCGUGGCUUCGUUGCCGAGUUCCUCCACACGGCAGGUUAUGAGGUUGUCUUCGUUGAUGUCAUGGACAAGAUCAUUGAGGCUCUCCAAACCACCAAGUCCUACGAAGUCACUGAAGUCAGCGAUGAGGGCGAGUCAACCAAGACCAUCACCAACUACCGUGCAAUCAACUCCAAGACUCAUGAGGCCGAUGUCAUCAAGGAGAUCGCAACUGCUGAUGUGGUUACCUGCGCCGUGGGCCCUAACAUCCUGAAGUUCAUCGCCCCUGUCAUUGCCAAGGGUAUUGACGCUCGUACCAACACUACCCCAUUGGCUGUGAUUGCUUGUGAGAACGCCAUCGGUGCCACCGAUACCCUCCACGGAUUCAUCAAAGACAACACCGACGCGGACCGUGUUGAAUCUAUGCAAGACCGAGCUCGAUUCGCCAACUCUGCUAUCGACCGCAUUGUUCCUGCUCAACCCGCGGACAGCGGUCUCAACGUUCGCAUCGAGAAGUUUUACGAGUGGGCCGUCGAGUCAACACCCUUCGGCGAGUAUGGUCCUCCGAAAAUCGAUGCCAUUCACUGGGUUAGCAACCUAGAGCCUUACAUUGAGCGCAAACUGUUCACCGUCAACACCGGACAUGCCACCGCAGCCUACUAUGGAUACCACGCCGGCAAGAAGACUAUCGCCGAAGCCCUGCAGGAUAAGUACAUUCGCGGCAUUGUUCGGGAUGUGCUUCAGGAGACUGCCGCACUUAUUGUCGACAAGCACGAAAUCAGUGCCACCGAGCAGCAAGAAUACGUCGAGACCAUCAUCGCCCGAAUCUCCAACCACUAUCUGGAAGACAGCGUGGAGCGUGUGGGUCGUGCCCCGGUGCGCAAACUCUCCCGCAAGGAGCGAUUCAUCGGUCCGGCUGCACAACUAGCUGAGCGCGGUGGAAAGUUCGAUUCACUGAUGGGAUCUGUUGAAAUGGCCCUGCGAUUCCAGAAUGUGGAAGGUGAUGAGGAGAGUGUGGAGCUGGCCAAGAUCCUCAAGGAGAAUUCGCCUGCCGACGCUGCUGUCCGAUUAACCGGCUUGGACCGAGACCACCCUCUCUUCCCCCAUGUGGUCAAGGUCGUGGACGGUGUACAAUCUGACGCAAAGUAG